AUGAUCGCUGCAAACCAUUUUUUCGUAUUUUUUGUUACGCUCAGUGUCGCUUUGAGCUACGUUCUUGCCAACCAGUGUCCGCACUGCAAUGGAGUUGCAGCCUGUCAAGCUAAUCAAACCAUUCCCAAAGUUACCUGUACACCGGAUAUAGUGAACCAAACAGUGAACCAGUUGGCAAUAUUUUUCAAAAAUGCUAGCGACUUCACGGGUAGCUCCACGCAGUAUGGGUGUGUGAAAGUGACCUUUAUUCAGCAGGGGUAUAACGAGGACACAUUUGCCGUGCAGGGAUGUACGGCGGGCAGUAAAAGCAUUUGCAGCCAGCCUACGUUUUCUUUUUAUGGCAACCUAUCCUGUUCAUUCUAUACCGCUCCAUCGCCCAACCAAGGCCAUCGUCUGCUUAGCAGUGCACUACUGAGUGUGGCCUUCAUCGUGAGUGCAUUUGUGAUUUCAAGCUAA